AAUAGUAAUUGUGCCACGAGGGGGGACACACAUUUCACUUGGGGCUUUGUCUAUUGAUUUUUCGCCCCACGGAAGCUCUAUUACGCAAUUUUCAACUGGCGAUGUUUGGAUCACUUUUGUAAGAACAGCUGCCGACUGAGUGACACGGAUUUAGAGGAGAUUUUUCUAUAUACCUGGAACGUGGCAUUACUGUGCGAGAGGCAGUGAGAUUUUGUGCUUUUGAUAGAGACAUUUUCCUCCCCUUGUGAAAUUAUGGGCGAGCAAAGAGUGUUUUUCGUGUGUUUUGCCGUGCUCACGAUUCUCGUGAAGCACUCCACACCAGCGACAAUAUGGAAGGAGGGAAUCACGCCAAAGCCCGCGGAGGAUGUGAAUGAAGAUGUUCUGGAAUUGGCACAUCUCAAGAGUUUGACAUCUCACGGUGAGGCGAGAGACUUCCCGAGUCUGGAGCAGCAACUCAACGCCUUGGAGGACACCAAUGACCAUCGAGGACAGCCCGAGGAGGCUACAGGCAACGACAUCCCCAAUGAUGUGACACCACCCGACGAGGACAAGGGCCUGGAGUACGAGAGUGACAUAAAACCCUUGCUGAAGAACAGCCAUGGCCAAUACUCGGCCUUCGAUAUGGCGCAAUAUGUCUUCUGGACGGGAGACGAGGCCGGAGUGGCCAGAGCCAUUGAGGAGCUCAUCCACGAGAAUCUCAUCAGUCGCGAGAAAGCCAUCAAGUUGCUCAGUGAGAUCAAGAUGGAGAUCGAGUACCUGCAGAAGGCCUACGGGUCACGAGGACUCACGCACGCCCCCACUCCCACCACCACAUCCACGCCCAUCCCACCCACCGCCGGCAGUGAGUCCAAGUCUGAGUUUCUCAGCCGGCUGCGCGGCAUGGCCACGAGUGGACAGUACGGGAACAUCCUGGAGAGCAACGCCGUGGAUUACGACGAGGCCGCGGGCAGACUGCGUCUGGCGGACUUCCUCUACGCCGAGUAUUCACUGGAGGAGAUCAUCUACCAGUUGGCCAAGGUGAUGUUCUCGCAAUCCCUGACCAAGGGCUCCGAGCACGCCCACAUAGCUCUGCAGCGUCUCACGGAAUUCCUCGAGUCCGAGGGCAAUUACGGUCGCAUAUCGCCGAGUCUGCAGAAGAAGGUGCUCGACGUGCUCCUGGCCGCGCUCUCAGACACCCUGGCGGACGUGCAGAAUGGUCAGCAGCAUGCUGUCCACAAGGAGCAGCCACACAAGUAAAUGAACCAAAGUUCCUUCACAGAUAGAAGACCUUUUUUCGUCACCUCUGUCAGCAAUUGUUGACGCGGUAAAAUUGAUGUUCCACAUUUUGGUCUGAAUAUAGAGAAGAUCUACAACGAUUUUUCAUUCAAAUUCUAAUGCGCAAAAGGCCUAGCAUAACUAUAAAUCCAGCGAUGCUACUUUACAUUGGGUACACUGCAAUAACACCUAUUAUUAAGCUUAAUUAUUAAUAGUCAUCCAACUUUCUUUGAAAUCUACCACAAGAAAGAGAAGACAGAAAGAAUACGCUUUUAUUCGUAUUAUAAAGAACUUAAAGAAGUUGAAAUCGAUUUUAGACACUUGUUUAUUUAUGGAAAACGAGGCACAUUGACAAAACCGUAAACCAUAUAAGAUGUCUAGGAAAUAAUAAAGAUUAAACACACAAAUAAGCAGGUGUUUUAGGAGAGCACAUAUAAGAGCAAGUUUUAAAUGUAAAUUUGUGUUUGAAUAAUAUAAAAAAUGCCUAGGAAUUUCAUUAUUUUCAAAUUUGAACGAAAAUGUCUAACAAAAAAAAGACAAAACAUUACAAAAUAAUCUCAAUGAAAACGAUACAUCAGAAAAAUACAAGAAAAUCUCAAUUUUACCACUGAUCAUCGCCUUAUCUUCACAAACCGAUGCUUAAGCAAUAAAAUAUUCUCAUAUCACAUAAAUAAAUGUUUAAUCACCUUUUGCAUGACCAAGAAAAUAAUCGGUGCGACAAUUGCUGAAGAAUGUGACGAUAUAUCAUUUUAGAUAAAAUGCUAUUUUAGGCAAGAAAGGCACGCAUUCAAAAAGUUUUACCAUUUCUUUGGGUGUUCUUUCCAUCAUUUUCGCUGACAAGUGGAAAAUAUAAAUGUAAUCAAGAAACCCAAAAUAUAAGUUAUAAUCGUCAGAGUUUUUCUAUAUAUGUAUGUGUAUAUAUAUAGAAUGUGUAUGUAUUUUAGAGAGCAGAAAAGAUAAAUCAAAUUGAUCCAACUUAUCUCGUCCAUUUCAAUAUUUACAAAACACAGUGAAGGAUUAGUGAACGUUUCUGUCUUGCAUCGAGAAGAAAUGAACUUUAUUGCAUCAUUUUCCAAAGCUUGAUUGAGAGAAGAAUUAUAUAUACACUAUAUAUGUAUGUAGUGCUAGAGAAUUCUCCGUCAGGUGAAAAAAAAGGUCAUGACGAACUAUUGUUGAGCAUGAUCGAUUUGGAUUGUGAAUGGAUGUCAAAGUGGAGUAGAGACAAGAAGACACACAAAAAGUAGUGUAAGAGUGGAGAAACAAGUAAAUUAUAUCACAUGGUAUUGCAAUAUUAGAAGUGAAAACAAUAUAGUGUUAACAGAACAUGAAUGUAAAACAAUGCAAUGACAAUUAAAUGACGAUAAUAAAGAGAUAGAACAUACAAA